AACAUAUAUACCUUUUACAUAAAGUGGAAGAAGGUAGUGGAGGUGGUGGUGGUAGGCCAGCUUGGUUGGAAUGAAAUAGUGAAUGAAUGUAUGAUGGCCGGAGAAAAAAGCAGCAGUACUCAUGAAGGCGUGCAAAAGGAUUCAGAUUGUCCAAUUAACACACUAGCUAGUACGUUACGUUACACGUAGGUAGGGACUAGGGUGGAUGUAAAACCUCCUUGAUAUCAUAUAUAUAUACUCCUUACUAUGUUAAUGUUGGGGAAAACAUGCACGGAUCGAUGGAUUUCUUCAUUCUGUUGAGUUUGGUUUCCAUCUCCUAUUUCUCAUUUGGCGCCGAUUCCAACAUAUGAAGUAACAAAUAUGCACUAUAAGUUGCUGACAAAACUCCAGUCCCCUUAUCUCUGAGUCCCCUGGACAAAAGGAAGAAAGGGGAUGCAACAAAAUUACUAAUGUGACUGAAAGGAAAAUCACAUACGCGGUUCGCCACAUUGCCAUAACACCACAAGGUCAGAAAUACACUUUUUAUUCUUUGUAUCUGACCUAGCGUACCGAUAAACAAGAGAAGAUUUUUAACGGGGGGGGGGGGGAGAAACAGUAAUAAUUUGUGACACGGAAAAAGUAUAAUGGUUACUUCUACUAACAAACAGUAUACGCUACGCUAAGAGGUCUUGUACUGGUAACAAGUAGAAAACAGGCAACAUGCAUGCAGAGCAGAUGUUAUUUGGGGUGGGUGUGGGUCAAUAUCAUUCCUUGUGCAUGCUCAGUGCUCUAUCAUGUUCGUCCCCUGCUUUUAGUCUCAUAAUCUCUUCCUUUGUUGAUCAUGACAUGAAUACAUUUGUCUGGAAUAUUCCACUUUCUCUGUUCUUAUUCCAUAUCCUCAUUCCUGACGUCUUCUUUGUUUUGUUUUCCUUAACUCACAGGAAAUACUAGUGUGCACCUAUAGCUAUCCUCAUUCUGCAGUACUUAAUCUUAUGCAUCUAAUUCACAAAGCAUCAAAGAGUAAUUUCCCUGUCAAACGCACACAGAUUAUUUAUCUUAGCUCUAAGAAAGCCACCAUGGAGAAUGUCGUCCUUUGGAAAAACGUAUAUAUCGUGGUCUUCUUCCACAGGGAAAGGCAGUCACUUUUUGCUGUCAUGCGCUCCACUGCGAGUGCUUCCAAAAAAGUGGGGGUCCCACCAGCCUCAUGGGCAUGUGGAAUUAUUGCUCACGAUUCCUCAGCCAAAGAAAAACACUUGGAAUCUUUUUUCUUUUCUCUUUUUUAUCAAAAAUCACUUUAUCUUUGGUCAUGCCGUUUAUAAAAAGCUACUGACAUUGUGUCCAUAUAGCAUUAGCUGCAUUAGCAGCAUUAUCCUAGCUAAACAAAGGAAAAUAAUUAUUGCAAGCAAAAUUUUAGGAGUACAAUGCUUAAAACUCAAGCCAUAUUUUAGUUUGAAAUGAAACGACAUCAUAACAGUCAAGACUCAGUAGGAAAAUAAGAAAUUAAAUUACCUUUUCUUGAAUCCAUCUAUAUAUAGCUCCAUAAUCCCCAUACAUCUCCUCUUAUGUGUCUGAUGUGAUCAUCUUUCUUGCUACUGCUGCAUACCCAUCAAAACAAGGCAAGAUGAGGAUGAUAGAUUUGGGAAGCCAAAGAGGAUCCCUAAACAUGCACAUGCAUAAGAAGUUGAUGGACACCCCAACCUCAAUAGAUUGUGGCAGGGAAGUAAGGUGUCUGCGUUCAUUCCGGUCGCUCAUGGAGUGUGUUGUCCCCUCCUGUUGUGGUCCCCAACCAUCCUCAGACUCUCCUGAUGCCAAUUCUACCACUACAAGUUCUCAUGCUUCCUCCAGUAGUAGUACAGUACUGAGAGGGACCUUCUUCGGAUACAGGAAUGGAAGAGUGAGCCUUUGCAUCCAAGAAGACAGCAGAUCAAUUUCAAGCUCCUCCAGCCCUCUCUUGCUGUUAGAGUUUGGGGUCCCCACAGCCUUUCUUGCCAGAGAGAUGCAGCAUGGUCUGCUUCGGAUUGCACUCGUAGAGUGCUGUAAUGACCAAUACAAUCACAAAAGGUCAGAUCGUGAUGAGCAAUGAGGUUACUACCACCAUUCAGCUAAUUCCGAUUCUCCCCAAAAUAAUAGUAACAUCUUGAAGGUGCCGGUGUGGUGCAUGUACUGCAACGGAAGGAAGGUCGGGUUUGCAAUGAGGCGCGAGUUGACCGUGGGGGACCUGGGCAUGCUCAAGCUCAUGUCAUCGGUUUCAGUGGGCGCUGGGGUCCUGCCAGAGACCACUGGUACUGGUGGUGACCUCGUCAUGUAUCUUCGGGCCAACUUCCAACGAGUCAUUGGAUCUGCUGACUCUCAGUCCUUCCACAUGAUUAACCCGGAUAACCUUGGAAACUCUGGCCAGGAGCUUAGUGUAUUUCUUCUCAGAUCAACAAAUUAACACCACCACCCACCCACCAUUGAUCAUUGCGUCAUCUGAAGGGAAAAAAAGAGGAUCAUGAACUCGUGGUGCUCAUGAUUGUGCAGGAACAUGUGGGCCUCAAGGCUUCAUAUCUGUGCUGACUUAACUAGAAAAUAUUCGCCGAGUAUAUAUUAAUACCAAUCUCCACUUUCAGAUCUGCCCGAAAUAAGAACUCUACCAUUAACUCUAUACCUAACUUCUGUAUAAUCACUUAGUUCUCUGGUUGAUAUUUAACGAUGUUGAUAUCUGCUUGAUUA